UGCCUAUCUUGAUAUAGUAAUUAUAGUAUUUUUGGGAAUACUGCAGGCGAUAUAGGAGUCUGUUCUGUUUUUAUGAAUUUAGCUUUGCAAUGGCCAUAUAAAAGUUUGCUCAUUGAAAGACAGUGUUAAGCCAUUCUCGGCACAUUUUCUCACUGUGUCUAGUGUUAUACGAUUUAAAUUUAAUUCUACAAACAUGACAAAUCUUGAUGUUAGCAACAGUAGCACAGACAGUAGUUCUGGGUCCUCCUCAGACUCAAGUAGCAGCGGCAGCUCUUCCACCAGCUCUGGGUCUGGGUCAAGCAGCUCCGACUCUGAAUCUACUACCUCUGACACACCUGCAGUUGCACAUCCUGCCCCUAAAUCACCCGCUAAGCCUGAUGAACACCCACCAAAAAAGAAGGAUGAUUCAAAACCUAGGCAAACAACUAAUAAAAAAGUAUCAUCAUCCAGCGAUGAUGAUGUACCCAAGCCAGAGCCACCAAAACCUGCACCACCCCGUAGACGUUCUUCUACCAAACCUAAAUCAGCAGCUAGUGUCCUGGCUAAGGGGAAACCGCCUCAAGCAGCAGCAGGAGCUAAAACACCUAAACCAAUACCUAAGACCAUGACUAAACAGCAAACAAACAAUUACCAAAAAAAGAAGAGUAUAUUCUCUCCUGACAACAGCUCGGAAUCUGAAUCAGAGAGCAAAUCAUCAAAGAGUCCUAAAAGUUCACCGAAAAAUAAAAGAGGUACUAGGAAAUCUAGUGAGGACAAGGACACAUCUCCUCCAUCACCAUUGACAGCUGCAGAAAAUGAUGAUUCAAAUUCCAAAGACAAUAUAAAACGUAGAAGUGGAAGUAGACCCAGUGGGCCCCCCUCCAAAAAAGUUGUGGACAAUAAAAGCGCCUCUUCAUGUUCCUCAAGUCAAUCUUCAGCAGAAACAGUUUCUUCCGAAAGUGAUAGUGAGCCAACUCCUAAAAAGGAGCCAAUUAAAACUGGAAAAACAAAACCACCUUCUUCAGUUAAUAAAGUUGAGAAAGGUAAAAGCGACUCGGGCGAGUCUCAGGCGAACAACAUGCCUCGGAAGCUGACACGCUCCCUGUCAGCUCGCGUGUCGCGCAUGGCUACGGCCACCAGGCCCAGAACCACAGACACCGACUCUGAUGUUGAUGAAAAAGCAAACGACAAAAGUAAGGAGAUAAAGAAGAAAGGCCGUCCUCCCAUUUCUCGGUCUCCUAUCGCAGAGCUCACGCCGCCGCCGCCGCAGCCCAGCGAGCGGCGCUGCCCCGUGCGCGGCUGCGACUCCACCGGACACCUCGGUGGCAAAGCGGGCCGGCAUUUCACUUGGGACGCGUGCCCGCUGUACCACAACGUGACGGGCGCGUGGUGCGUGGCCGCGGCCGAGGAGCGCGCCGCCGCCGCCGCAGCGCGCCGCCGCGCGCUCGCCAACAUGCAGCAGCGCCCGCGCGCCAUGCCCACUAUAGAGCAACGGGCGUACCAGCUCAAGGUCAAGGAUAUGCGCUCCAAAUGGAAGGGCAGCCAAGAGCUACGUGAGAAGCUGGCAGCUUCAGGCGGAGACGACAUGAACGAAGAACGAGAGCCAAUACUGGAGGGAUUUGCGCCGGAUUACGACUUGCGGCUGUUCCGGGAGGCUCAAGCGCUUGCUGCUAUUAAGAUAGAGGAAGAACUAGGGGACAUCCCCACUGAUAAGGGAACUAGGUUCGUGGUGAUGGGCAAGUACAUGAUGGAGGUGUGGUACCAGUCGCCGUACCCGAACGACGCGGCGCGCGUGCCUCGUCUGUUCGUGUGCGAGUUCUGCCUCAACCACCACAAGAGCGCCACCGGCGCCGAACGACACCGCGCCAAGUGCGUGUGGCGCCACCCGCCUGGAGACGAGGUGUACAGAAAGGACAAACUCAGCGUGUGGCAGGUGGAUGGUCGGAAGCACAAGCAAUACUGCCAGCAGCUGUGUCUGCUCGCCAAGUUCUUCCUCGACCACAAGACGUUAUACUACGACGUGGAACCUUUCCUGUUCUACGUCAUGACGUGCGCCGACGAGGAGGGCUGUCACGUCGUCGGGUACUUCAGUAAGGAAAAGAAUUCGUUCCUGAACUACAACGUCUCGUGCAUCCUGACGCUUCCUCCGUACCAAAGGCAAGGCUAUGGAAGACUACUCAUCGACUUCAGUUACCUUCUAACCAAAGUUGAAGGCAAAGUCGGUUCUCCAGAAACUCCGCUCUCAGAUUUGGGUCUCAUCUCGUACCGCUCCUAUUGGAAGGAAGCGCUCUUGAAAAGACUAUGCUCCGCGCCCGGACCUACUCUGUGCAUCAGGGAUUUGAGCAAGGACCUCGCCAUUGCAUCCUCGGAUAUAGUGUCGACGUUGCAGGAGAGAGGUCUCAUGAAGUAUUGGAAGGGGAAGCACAUCGUACUGAAGAAACAGGACGUCCUGGAGGAGCUGUCUCGGCGGGCAGAGCGCGCGCGCUGCGUGGAGGCGAGCUGCCUGCGCUGGACGCCGCCGGGCGCGCCGCCGCCGCGCUGACGCCGCGCCCCGCGCGCGCGACUCGCGCCCAGAGCCCGCGCGCGCCACAUGCCGCGCAGCCGCAGCAGCCAGGCCCGCAGCCUGCUAUAAUAAGUCUGCCCCUGCUGCGCUGCGCAUGCUGAUGGAUUAUAUUCACUGUGAGAUCUUUGCUUUUUUCUAUGUUGACUGUGGAUUUAGCAAUGCCAUGGACGCAGCUUGCUUUGCCUUAAUAGAUCAUUGAUUGCAUAUUGAUUGGCUGUUAUUUAGAUCUCACAAUGAUUCUUGCUGGACAUCGAAUGUCACGUGCCGCGUAGCUGCAAGAGCCGCAAGUACGCGGCCAUUCAUAAAACUUAAUUGCCUCUUAGCGCCACUUGCACCAUCCCACUAACCCGGGGUUAACCGGUUAAACCGUUAACCCAGUGUCAAAUUGUACUGGUAGGUAACAAUGGUAACUCCAGGUUUAACCGGUUUACCCCGGGUUAGUGGGAUAGUGCAAGUGGCCCUUAUGAUUCAAAUAUAUUAAACCGGGAAAAUGUAUUAUAUAUAUUUUUUUUUACUAAAAUGCGAAUUUAAUUGGAAUUUGUUGUUUAGUAUAUUUUUAAAUUGUAUCCAAUGCAUCGUAAGUGAUCUAUACGGUAUUUUAGCUGAGUAUGCAGACGUCAAUACAUACAACGUUUUUUGAGUUGUAUUGGUUUUGUCCACUCCGCAGCGAUUGUAAUAAUAAUAAAAUUGAUCUCUAUAAGGUACCGGACCCAUGUAAGGCUUAAUUAUUUUAAGUACUAAAAUAAGACUGAAAGAAAAAACAACAAAUUUUAUUAAAUCAUCUACGUAUUAAUUAUUUAUUUGCUGUGGUUAAGGCAGAUUUACUUUCGCAUUUAAGUAUAACUUUAGUAGGUAAUAAUAAAAUGUACUGAAAUGAAAUGUAUCAGAAUCAACUUCAUAUGUCAAAUCAACUUUAUGCUGCAAAUUAUAAAAUUUAAGUUUAAAAAGGUUUGUUCAAAUGUGAGCGCAGUUGUACCGGGCACUUUUCAGAUGUCAAAACAAAACACGCACUUGUAAUAUGAAUAUAUAUACGUAGGAUAAUUCACGAAAAAUGGCGCGGAUCUUAUAUAAGAGGAUUUUGACAGUUCAGCACAAAUCGCGCGGCAGGUCUUAUGAAUUUGUACCUACUUAUGCCUAAUGAUGACAUUUCAGUACCUACCAGUAAUAAAGAACUGAAAAGUUCGAACCUUAUGACUAGAUAAUAAGUGUGGUCUUGUAGCGUAGGUCCUCAGUUUUUAUAUCAUUGAAAUUAUGUAUAUAAUAAGUUACCUAUAUACAAGUGUCACUUUUUUUUAAAGUAUACGGUAUAUGUGUUGUUCUGUAUGUAUGUAUUGCGUAGAGAUAACCCUUGCAUAACAUAAGACUUGAGUUUGAGAAUGGUCUUUCUCAGUAGUUAGACCACAAAAGUAUGUGGCGGCGUACAGAGCAUAUAUUCCAAAUGUAUUAAUCAUUUCUAAAUAAAUGCGCGUUACAUACGGACGGACAGCUAGACAGACAGAAGGACAACAAAAAAAGGAUUUCGAUUUGCCAUCUCGGCUAAGAAACCCAAAACUGUUUGUGGAUUAGUUUACUUUCACCUUUCACCCACCAAGUUUCUAUACUAGCGCCGCCAUAACGUAUGCUACUUCGGCUAUUACUUAAGGGUCUUGUUAGUUGUUAACGUUAAUCUUCUUUGUUAAAAAGAUCUGUCUUGUUUUACUGUUCAACAAGCUCAAACUCGAAGAGGUUGCCUUGAUAUUUUGCAAAAUUCAACCUCAACCUUCGACCUCAUGGUUCCAUAAUUGGGCCUGUUCAAUGUAUAAUACUGAAUAAUCUUAUUGGGCUUAUACAACUAGGCCGAACUUUAUGAAACAGACAUAUGAAGUUUAGUAAAAAUAAAAUAAAAUAUUUGUAGGUCAUGGUGGAUGACCAAAAUCUUUCAUUUAGGCAUAUGUUUCUGGAUGUCUUCGCCUUCCCCUUAUGCGCUCUACUUUUUUACAUUAUAGGAAUAAACACUGGAAGACAAUCUCACGAAUCAUAAAAUUAUGUUUUAGUACUAAUAGUAAAUAAGCUGAAUAAGCGAAAUAAUUACAUACCUUAUCAGCGUUGUAAAUACUUAGUGAAAUGUGUAGGGUAGAUAGAUCAAUUUAGACUAAGUUACAAACUGUACAAAGUUGCGUUUUAUUUAUGGAAGAUAUUAUUUUUUGUACUGUAUUUCAAAUAUAUUGAUUGUUAAUCUUAAUCUGGUGUAAAUAUUAUACUACUUAUUUAAUAUGU